GUUUAUGCGGUCCCAUUAUGCAUAAGACAUAAGUAAAAGGUAUCACUGUUGUUUUUGUGUGUGCAAGACAGAAAGGCACUCAAUGUGCGAAUUUUAUCUGGAAAGUAUAAAGUAUCUGUGAGUUUUCUAAUUUCGAUAUUUCCUGGGAUUUCUUAGUUUUUUAGUGAAUAUUACAGAUUUCCGUGUGUGAUUUUGUUUUCUGGCGUCUUUUUCUGUCAACUAUCUGUACAGGACAAGCCGCGGUAUAAAGAGACUAUCGGAUAUACAGUGUAUCAUGGUUGUCAGAAAGCUGCGUAAACGAUAAUGAACCAGCAGAGACGGGAUGUCAUUCGGAUAAUCAUUAUACUACUGUCCAUAGGGACUCCAAUCGCAAGAGCACAACCCUUCCCAGACACUGAAGGUUUCAAACAAAAUGACAUCGACGAUGUACCACUCUUACAGAAUGCAUCGAUAACAAAAACUGAACCAAAUAAUAAUGGAAAUUACCUAGAUAUACUGACCGGCAUUUGCCGAGAGGGAUGGGUGAAAGGGCAGGUAAAUGAUGUCACAGUUUGCCUCAAGACGAACACGGAAUUAUUGCCAUGGAGCGAUGCACGAGACACAUGCAGGAGGGACUUUUCAUUUCUUGUGAAGAUGGAAGCUCCUGUGAGAAUCGAGUCCAUGAAUCUGGAAGACUACCUGAAGAAAAAAAAUAUAAAUAAGAUAUGGACUGGACUUCAUGAAGAAGGAGGAUAUCUCGUUUGGGAUGAAAUUUCACCACACAAAGUCCGGGCAUAUAAUGACCCGUUAGAAGACGAACUGCUACAACGCCGAGCGUGGAAAUGGGACAUUGAACCCUUUGACAGCGACGACAUUGAUGAUACAGAGGAUUUCGAAUUCCAAGAAGAGAGUCACUCUACUUGUGGAACUUUGGAUGUUAAAACAUACUCUGACCAUCAUAUUAUCUCAAAAAGAGCUGUAAAAAGUAUUACAAAAGACCCAAAAGAUAUUCAAACGGAGGACGUAUUGGAGACGGAGCAAAUACCGACUGCGAACUCCAAAGAAAUCGAAAAUCCUCCCGAAACAAACAUCCGUCACUCAUCACAUCCAGCACAGAAGACGUUAUUACGGUGGAUUGAACAGAUGAAUCAACAUAUUAAUGGAAGAGGAAUUGUUCACAAUGCCAAUGAUGUAAAGGAAUAUAUCAACAAUCAGCGUGAUAGAAUGGGGGAGAAAAUAGAAAAUGACCACGAAUUUACCACAAAUUUAAACGAAGCUAUAGAACCAGUGAAACCCACUGAAAAGACUGAUUUUUCUAUUCAGCGCAACAAGCAAAGGGAAUCAAAAAUUGAUGAAUCGGAUCGGAAACUAGCUCCCAUUAGGUCUGAAGAAACAUUGUUUCAAUCUUUACCAACUAAUCUUAGAGAUUCCAAGUUCAAGCAGGGUGAAGUCACUCCAAAAUCAAUUCCAGCAACUCCUGCUAGUCUUGUUUCAGUUCCCACGCGACCAACAAUGGCAGUCUUCAUCCCACUGACUACUGAUCCUGCCAGUGAAAAUAUAACAUCAUUGAAUGGAAAAGAAAACGGUUCAUUAACAGACCCAAAGGUUGGAUUACCUAUACCAACAGUUAGCACUCCGGAAAAUAUAACAAAGACAAAAAUAAACAUGUAUCCAGAGGAUGAUAUUGAUUAUGACGAUUUACUUCUAAAUGAAAAGAAGAAAAUAUCGAACCAAAGCUCUGUGGUAAAACCACCUCUAGGGACAAAAUUUCUGAAAACAACAGUUGUACCUACACCCCCAUCGAUAAAUGGAGGAAAUAUAUCAACUUCGUCGUCAUCAAGAAAAACUCUCAACAAAAUCAAAGAUGGAGCACACACAGGUUCAAUUAAUAUAACAAGCGAAAAUGUUUCAACAUCGUCGUCUGAAGAAAAAAUACAAAAGAAAAAUCUGAAUGAAUUUACAAAAUUAUCUGAGUCAAUGGGAGGCAAAAAAGGCAAUAAGACUAAAAAGGAAGAAAAAAUGAACGAAAUUUUAGAGUCAUUAGUAUCUUCGAGUGAAGACGAAAAGUCUAAAGAGGAUAGCGAAGAAAUUGAUGAUCCAUCGGAAGCUCUACAUAAUAUGAAAAGUUCGGAAGAGGACAAACAACAACAUCAUAAACAAAUUAAUUCUAAGAAUGAAACUGGGGAAGUGUUUCUUGGUAAAGCGGCUAACAAUCAUAUUCCGCCUGCAAUUGAAAUUAAAAAAUCCGAAGACAGACUUGAAAAAGACUCAUUGGAUUCUAGCAAAUUAUCUGAUGAGAGAGGCCAGCAGGUAUCUGAAACCGAUGAGCUAAUUUUGACAGAUGAAAUAAAAUCUGAGUCGGUAGAGGAUCCGGUGGUAGAUACUCUCGCGAAUGGUAGAAAUUCGAAUGAUACAGAUGCGGAAAGCAAAGAGAAAAAUGAAUUGCAACCAGAAAAAACCAAGAACAAUACUAAGGAAUGGGGAGAGAAAAUAGGACCCAAACCAGUUUCAAUUAACAUUGGAUUGGAGGAUUCUGAUGAUUUAAAAGCUUAUUGGGAAGCGAUGAAACCCUCUACAAAUGAGAACAUAGAGAACGAAGCAACUAUAAUAGACUCUAAUGGGGACUCCAGCGAAAAAAUAGAUCAACAGGAGAAUGUCGGCAGGAAUGGAAAAAGUAACAAGGAUUUAAAAUCUACGACACUUUUCAAUACAAAAACUGAUUAUGAUCUAACGGAACCCGACGGUGUUCCGAAAACUGCAGAGAAUACUGAAGGAAUCAGCGAAUUAAAUACCCAUUCAAAUGAUAUCUCAGAAGAACAAACUGAUGAAAAGGGAAAGAAAGAAAAUUCACAAGAAGGCGAUUACACAAAAGAAGAAAUAUUGUUAAACCUACCACCGCCCCAGAUAAAGUUAGCUUCCAAACCGAAAGAAAGGAUCAGAAAACUCAAGAAUUUGGACCAUUAUACAGACGCUGUCAAUUCUACUGGAAAAGACGAGAAAACUUCAUCGAAAACUAGCAACAGGAAUAUGGGAGUCGCGAUUCCAAUCAUGCCAACUGACGACAAUGAUGAUAGUUAUCUCAAUGAGUAUAUUAAAGCUGUAAGAGAUACAGCUCCAUUAAGUGACACAAAAAGUACCGAACAAUUGCAAACUAUAAAAGCCCAAGCAAAAGGAAUUCAUACAAAUGUCGAUAGAACUAAUAUGAAAAAGACAAAUAUUACCAACAAGGCUCGAUCUUCUAGUGUGUCCAGUGACAAGUCUGAAAGUAGUAGCAGUAGUAUCGAGAAAGAGAGUGAUUAUAGUGAUUCGUUGUCAUCUGAAAGUAUAUCAUUUGAGGAUGAAGAAAAAGAUAGAGACAAAAAAUUGUCAAUGAAUCGAAAAGGACGCACAAAAACCAGUGGAUCUCAAUCCAAUGCAAGCAAUCAAAACAAUGCACCAAUAAAACAAGCAAAUGAUAAGACAGGGAAGAAAGUGAAAGCUGUAAAAGAAAAUGAAGAGAGCAGAUUCAAUGAACAUAAGAAACAGAGUAACAACAAAUUAAAAGUAAGGAAGCCAGAUGAAGAUCUCCAAAGUACUUCUCAAAAGCAUGAUUCAAACUCUGACUCUGAGGUUUCGGAUGUAGAGAGUGAAAGUGAAGAAAUAAGCGAUGAAGGGAGCAGCGAAGAAUUUGAAAGCCUAGAAGAUACAAAAGAGGCAAAUGAUGUCUCAACGACUAAACAUAACAAGGAAGGAACCCAAAGUUCGAUCAAAGAAAGAAAACAAAGUAGUUCGAAAAUAAGCACGAGCAAAUCUCCCGAGAAUUUAGAAUCAAAAAGCAUUAUAUCAAAUGAAAAAGUCAUAGAAACAACUCGCUUGCCACCAAAGAUUAACAUCAAUGCUCCACCAGUUGGCAAAAAUGGUAUAGAUGGUGAUGAUAGUCUAAGUGAAGAGAGUAAAUUUGACUCAGAGAUAUCACCUACCACAACACAAACGUCCAUAACCGUUGCUGUUCCGUUCAACACCAAAAAGAAAAAUAAUGAAUUACCUAAGGUACCAAAAAGUAAUAAUAUUGGUGGAAUCAUUAUUCCAACACAAUCUGAUAUUCUUUUUGGCAGCAUGACAGAAAAAAGUGACUCACAUGAAAACAAAAUGGAACCCAUAGAUAACGAUUCAUCCACAGCUUCUUCAAAUAUCAAGAAAGCAUACGUUGGGGCUGUUGAAAAUGACCACGAUUCUGUUCCUAUUACUAAAGUCCAGAUUUUAAGAGAAAAAUCUGCUAAAUCGAUGGAGACAGUUACUGCUUCAUCUGAAGAAUCAAAGGAGGAAAAUGUCCAUUCUUCAAACUUACCUCCCCUCACAUCUUCAAGUCACAUGGAUAUAUCUUCGACACAAACAGAGGAAGUUGAUAAUUCAGAUUUAUUAUCCGUUGACAGAGAAUAUGAAUCCGAUGGUGCCAAAUUGGCCCUUGAUAUAAUUGAUAAAAACAGAAUUGAUUCAUACUCAUCGGACGAGGAGUCCUUGGAAAACACGUCCGUUCGACCCACUACUAUAUCACCUGAGGAAGAAGACUAUGACACAACCUCUUCAGGAGAAGAUUUAAGCGAAGAAAUUAAAGGAAGAGUGUCAGAAUCGUCCACACAUGUUAGUACUCCAAAGUCGGCAAAGGAAUCUUCACUUGUAAAUAAACACGAUAGCGAUGAACGUGAUAGAGAGUCGUCAGCUCAGAUUGUCAAAGAAGCGUUUCCAAAAGGAAAGGUUGAACCUGAUGAAAAUGAUGAUUCCCUAAGAUCAGAUAUUACUGAGUCACAUAACAACCAGCGCAUUCACAGCAGCGAGGAAAUUGAUAUUCCAAUCACAAAGGUGAAUAAUUCUGUUGUGUUUACUACCAACCUUAAAAAGGAUAAAACAGGUUUGUCGAAUGAAAUUAAAACGAAACUGAUGAAAGACCGAGAAACCAAAAUGCAAACGAUUAAUGAAAUAUCGCAGAAGGACAGUUUAUGGAAUGGUUCCAUUGAAACUGCCUCCGCUACAACAUCUAUUCCUUUGAGUACAUUACCAUCUUAUGAAAAGAAAAUAGGAAAUAAAGAAAAAGAUAAGGAUAACCACCAUUCUUUUGAAUCUGAUAUAUCAAAAGAAAGUCCAAUUCUAACUAAUAGUUCUCUUCCAUCAAUGGACGGUAUUAAGAGAGAGAGUGUGAGAAAUGAUAGAUUAAAAAAUGGUUUAACAGAAAAUAAAAACAUGGAGAAUAGGGACAUCAGUAAUGGGAAUGCUUCAGAAAACAUUAAUAGGCCCCAGGAAAUGAAAAACACUACAACAGAAAAAUCAAACAUGGAAAUGGAUAUUGAAACUGAAGAUUCGAAUGAAAACACUGAAAGUAAUAGUAGAGAAAGCAUUGAAUCAUUAGAUGAAUCUUUAGACUCCGAAGAAAAAUCAGUACACAGUUCUACCGAUGAAGGUGGUAGUCUUGAUCAAAACAACAAGGAAAAUCAAGGGGAGCUAAUAGAAUUAGAUUUAAAAGGAGAAAAGAAUAGAAGUUUUACUGAAUCAACCGACACCACAGUUUCUUUAGAAUCAGUCGAAAGAAGUAAAGAAGCCGAUGAGGUGGAAAAUGUUAAGACGAUGCAAUUUGCAGAGGACAAAAGUCUUCAAAAAUCAGCAAAUGAUAUAAAGACAAACGACAAAAGUACAAGGGAGUCAACAGAAGUUGUCAAAGAGGACGAUUCGUCUGAGAGCAAAAAUGACGAUGACGACCAAUCAGUUGAAGAGGUUCCAAAUGAAUUUACUUCUAUGGAAGAAAAAAAUGCUGAAAGUUCUGAUGGAUAUAAAGAGUUUUCUUCGUCUAACGACAAAUACAACAAACAAUCGAUGCAUUCUGAAGAUCACAGAGAUGAUAGCUCCCCCGAAUCAACUCCUGAUGUAAAAAAUAUUACUUCUAAAGUGUCAUUAGAUAAAUCGACAAACGUUGGGUCUUCUGAAAACGAAGUUCAUGAAAAGUCAUUGAAAUAUAUAAUAGAGGAUAAUGGAAGUUUACUCAAACCGAUUAACGAUGAGAAAACAUACCAUAACAAUUCAACUGAGUCCAUAGAAAUAUCUGAGGAGGUUGAAUCUUCUGAAGACAAUCACAAUGAUCAGGCAUUAGAUUCGGUAAUUCACAAGGAUGACGGCUUCAACAAUUCAACUUCGCAAGUAAAUGUUGAUCGUGAAAGUUCGAAAGAUUCAGUAGAGAAAUCUAAAGAGGUUGAAUCUUCUGAACACAAAACCGACGAACAGUCAUUGGAAUUAGUGGAACACAAAAAUGAAAGUUCCACCAAUCCAACUCCUCAAGUAGAUAGUGUCUCUAAAAGUUCUAAGGAUUCCUUAGAGAUUUCUAAAGACGUUGAAUCUUCAGCUGAUGAUCCGCCGAAACAAUACCGUAGUUCGGAUGAAAAUAAGUUGGCGAGGAGUAAUUCAUAUGAAGUAAAAGAUUACUAUGAUGAAAAUAAUGAGCUUUUUAAUGAACCAGAGGACGAAGCUAUGUAUAUGAAGGAAGUCAAUCGCGAUAAACUAGAGAGAGACAAAAACUAUGAAAUAGAAAGUUCUCAAGAAAUCCCUAUUGUAUUAGAAGAUAUUAUAAAUAUAGAUGACUCUAGAGAAAAGACAACCAUUAUACACUCUGAUGAGGCAUUUCGGUCGCUUAUUGAAAAGAUGAACAACAAAUCGAGGGACCUUAUGACAGAAGCUGCCUCUAAAGAUGAAGUUCGCCACAAAGAGGAUCAAGACUUGGAUUCUACAGGUAUUGUAGGAGGAGACAUUUCUGAUGAUGCGGAUAUGGAUCCUGAAGACAUCCUAGCCCACGAAGCAGAUCUGAAAGCAGAGGCAAAUGUGAAUGAAGCUUUGCUUCCCAGGUUUUCAAACCCACGAACGAUGAUGAAAAAGAACCCGAAAAAUGGGAAAGCAAGCAUGAGUUUAUCUAACUGUUACCUACCGAGAACGUCCAUGUGUUAUACGUAUCCUGUUACCGUCGACAGCACAGCUUCAACCUGUGAUUCGGGGUGGGUAGGUCACGUAUAUCAUAAGACGUGUUACCGUAUUAUGAGGAAUGCUAACACGAUUCCAAAAAUGCCAUACGAAAAUGCUAAAAGUAUAUGUGCAAUGGAGGGAGGGAGAAUUGCUCAAAUGAAGGAUGGGUAUGGUGGACGAUACCUUCUGAUGACUCUUAUAAAAAGUAUAAAGGAAUAUUCAAAAGAACUGCCUCCAAAAGAUGAUAUACCUCCAAUUUGGGUGAGCACUGGAAACAACAAUCCCAGUUGUCAUGUGAUGACGUUGUCUGGACCUAUAGCUAUGGGAUGCAACCAAAGUAUUGCGGUUGCAAUAUGUGAGAAAAAUGCAAAUGAGAUAGAUGUUCAAAACGCAGGAAAUGCACAGACGCCUCUUGAUAUCAAAGAAUUUAUGAUUAGUGAUAAGAAGGUGCUGGAGUGUGAUUUGAAGACUUUUGCGACGGAGUUACCCAUAUUGUGGUUCAAAGAUGGUCGGCUUAUUGACAUCAAGGUUAAAAAGAGGAAGGAGAGCAUAUUACCACAUCUUGGAGGACAACCCAUAACUCCUCUUCCUGAACCAGCGGAGACUCCAGUCACGAGUUUAGAAUUGAACACGUGGUUAAGGAAGACGCUACAGACCUCCAUGGAUCAGACUGUCUCUGAUGAAAUCUUCCAGGGAAGCUACUGGUGUGAAGGCUGGAAGACUAAACCAUUUGUACGGGAAAAGUCCAAGGAGAUAUUCGUCCGUUUUACAGAUGUUAUCACUUUCGUGGGGAAAAUUCGACUUCCUGCGAUCCCCUACGAAGAACGGCUGUUGCAUAACAAAAUAGAGAAAAAUCUGUCUCCAAUCCUCAAUAUCAUGACAGACCUCAGGUUUAUCAACAUAAUUGUUUUCCGAAAGCUUCAACAAGAGUUUCCUAACCUGGAACGGAUUUUGACAUUUCCUGGAGAAAUAUCAAGCAAUCCACCUCUACAGUUGUCAUUCAACGUUUAUAUUAGGGCUUCCAAAAAUUAUACGAUUGCAGACGAAAUGCCGUUAUAUAAGAGCAUGCGUAGUCGAUAUCAGGAGAUCCUUAGAGAUGGCAACAUUUUAACUCGACUACCAAGAGGCACCCCCAUUCGUCUUAUCAGAUCUCUGAAUAUCAGAAGUACAGUUUCCUGUCAGCAAACAACGCUAAGAGACUACGGAACGAAACUUGUAGCUAACUUCUUCCCAGCUGGAAUAAAUUUAAAUGUCUCUAGCAUUGAAGUUUGCGAGAAUGGUGAAAAAGCGGGAAGGGCCACUUGCAAGGGAAAUUUCCGGACUGGUGCAUAUUGGGGAAACGUUCACAUUAACCAGCGAUGUGGAACAUCCGACACCAUCAGGGAAGAAAUUGAGGAAGAGCUGGAUGAGUUGACUGACAACGAAGAACCUGGAGAGGAGUAUGAAAACCUGGUGGAGAGGAUGUCAUCAGAGGAAAGACUGAAAGAGUUGGCAGAGAUGGAGAUAGAAGAAAAUAAUUUGGAAAGUGUAAUGGAAGAAACAGCGGAGAUUACGGAUACAGUGGAGGAGCUGAAGGAGAUUGAUCUGGAAUACAUCAACGACAUCAUGGAGAAGUCGGCAAUCAGCCCAGGAAAAUCCAGAUUUGUGGCUGCAAAAGCUCUGCAGACGGUUGAUCGGCUGUUAACGAUGGAUGAUACAGUCUUCGAAAAAGCAAAAAGAGUCAGCAGCAUUAUUCAAAAUUUUGAAAAAAUUGUCGAGGACACAGAAUUAAGUGACGACGGAUAUUUCCGAUUAGUUCUACCUAAUGUUGCCAUGGAAAUAUACGAGCUAGAAAAAUAUACCCAGCCGGUGAUAGGACUGGCCGCCAAGACAGAUAAACAAGGGAAUGUACUGUACACCCCAUUCAACCAGCAAAGAAUCAUCACCAUCUACAAUGACUCUGCUGUCUAUGACGACAUUGACGUGGCGAUACAUCUGCCGCCGGAACUGGUUCAGGAGACGAGGAUGGAAAACAAAUCAAGACUCUACAUGAUGGUCUACAGAGAAGGCAACAUGUUCCAGGAUUCCUCGGUGCCUAAUAAUGUUGGCCAGAGAGUUUCGAUUAUUGAAAGUCAGGAAUCUAAAAUGCUAAAUAGUUUUGUGAUCUCUGCAAGCAUUGGGGGAAAGAAAAUUGAAGGACUUAAACAGAAAGUGAAAACAAUUUUUCGCCCUUUAAAGGAUUUCUCCGGACGCCCUCGAACGUGUGCAUUCUACAAUUUUACUUUGAACAAUAUGGCGGGUGGUUGGUCAUCUGCUGGCUGCGUAUACGACGGUCAAGUGAAUGGACGUGACGUGUGCCUAUGUGAUCAUCUGACCAACUUCGCCGUUCUUAUUGAUUUCUAUGGACAGGAAGACCGAGUAGAUCGAGUUCAUGAAGUGUCACUGUCCAUCAUUUCUCUGAUUGGUCUGAGCCUGUCCAUCCUUGGACUUUCCCUCACCAUCAUCUCCUACGUCUUCUUUAGGAAGUUGCGUAAAGGUCGUGCUCAACAGACGUUGUUUAACUUGGCGUUGGCCAUGCUGUGUUCCUGGGUGAUUUUCCUCGUUGGAAUAAAGCAGACUUAUCACUAUAUCGGCUGCCUGAUCGUGGCCAUCCUUCUCCACUACUUUAUCGUGGCAUCAUUCAUGUGGAUGUUAAUGGAGGCAUUCUUACAGUAUCUGACAUUUGUCAAAGUUCUCGGAACCUAUGUCAAUCGGUACACCUUGAAGUCAGUCAUCGCUGCUUGGGGUUUACCGUUAAUUCCUAUCAUUUGUGUUUUGAGCAUUGACCACAAUCUUUAUAAAGGGGGAGAUCACUACUGUUGGAUGUCGCUAGAUGCCUUCUACUACGCUUUUGCUGUUCCAAUCGGAGUUAUCAUACUGGCUAACCUUGUGAUAUUUGUCAUUACUGUCGUCAGCAUUUUCAGACGACCACAGGGUCUGCGUAGUAACCAGUCUAAACACAAAAUGGCGAUUACAAAUCUGCAAGCUGCUAUCACCAGUUUUGUUCUCUUAGGCUUAUCUUGGAUAUUGGGUUACUUCGCCAUAUCAGAUGCCAGACUGCUGUUUCAGUAUGCCUUCACUAUUCUAAACUCACUUCAAGGCUUCUUUAUCUUCGUUCUGUUUGUGGCGCGUAAGAAGCAGGUGCGAGAACAAUGGAAAAUGAUAUGUUGUUGUAUCUACCCUGAUCAACAGAAGGCACAGCGCACUCUAUCGGCGUCUACAUCUUAUCCCAGUACCUGUAGCAGUAGAAGCAAUUCGAGUACUUCUACUUUGCACCACCAGGGGCGCACUGAUCGCUCUGAUAGCUGUAAAACUACUACCAGCUUCAUUGGAACUGAUUAUGACUCAAUUUACACCGUGCCGUACUCCCGUGCGUCACGUGAAUCGUUGUAUUAUAGAAAAUUGUGAUAUUGUUUGUUAUCUUCUUUGUCUCAUCAUUGCUCAUCAACGCUUUGGUUGUGUCUCGACAAUUUAUUUUUUGAGAAUGGUAUCUUAAAUUUCUCCAUAUUUUGUAUUGCAACAUCCCAUUUUCUCUGAGAAGAAGAUGUACUGCUUAUUAAAUGUUUAAUAUUCAGACAAGGGAAGAAGAAACUAUGGUUUGUUGAAAAAAUAUCAUUUGCCAAAAUGUAGCACUCAAGUUUGCCGAGACAUCUCGGAGAACAGUAGUUGCUGAUACUAUGCGUGAUAAACCUUGUUAUUGACUUGUAUUUGUAUGAUUAUUUACGCUGAUAAGGAUGUUCCUCUCCUAAAUGUUUGUUAGAUAGGUUACUGCAUAUAAUUAGUAGUGUUUCCUAGUGCUCACAUGCCUUGAUAAUACUUGGAUUAUUUUUACUGUGUCAUGUUUCAUUGUCUCAAUAUGACGUUGCCAUAUGUUAUGAGCUGUCUUAACAAUUACGUGUUUUAUUUGUACAUUUGCAUCUGUAAUCACCAUGUUGAAAUAUUAGAAAUAAACUUUAAAACCACGUCAAA